GAUGGCACGUGACAGCAACUGAUGAGCAAGUCCUACGGUCCUACGAGGGCACUUUCGGGUUGCCAUUGCUGCUGCCAUUUGUCUUACUGAUCCAUCAUGCCACUAUUCCGCUUGCAGCGGUCUUUCACUCUGAGGCAACCUUGCCGGUUGUUCUCAACUCCUGCAGUCAAGACUUUUGAUAAUCAGUCCCGGCUUCCUCGUUUGCCUGUUCCAACGCUUGAAAAUUUGGCAGAAAAAUAUCUUGCGAGCUGCCUGUCGCUGCUUACUCCUGAGGAGUAUGCGACUACUGAAGCAGCGGUGCAGCAGUUCCUCAAACCGGAAGGGUUUGGCAGGGAAUUGCAACGAAGACUUCAGGACUAUGAUAAAACCCAAAAGAAUUCGUGGCUGGAAGAGAUCUGGCUGAAUAAGGCGUAUCUCGAAUGGCGCGAUCCCAGUUUGAUCAAUGUCAAUUGGUGGUGCCAAUUUGUCGAUCAUCCAAACCAUCCCAAAGAUCUACUGCGCAAGCCACCACCGAAAGGUGUUCUCACCACCUUUCAGAUUCAGCGUGCAGCCGGUCUCAUCAACAACAUGCUUAACUUCAAGGAUCUUGUUGAUACUGAACGUUUGCCUGCUGAGUAUAUGAAGGAUACCCCGCUUUGCAUGAAUCAGUACAAAUGUCAAUUUGGCGCCAGUCGAUUACCUGGGGAGCCGGAUACCAUCUCGACUGUGUGGCCAGCCAAGGCACGGCACGUGAUUGUUCUUACUAAAGAUCAGAUCUACAAAGUGGAUGUUCUUCGGGAAGACGGCUCCCGUGUGCCUAUCAAGGAGCUUGAAAGGCUCCUCUAUGCUGUCGGAGAAGACAGUUUGCACACUGCACCUGAAUCCGGCAUUGGCAUUCUCACUGCUGGACAUCGAGACACCUGGUUCAAAGCGCAUGCCAGGUUGUCCAGCCUGAGCAAACGCAAUGUAGAAAACUUUAACAUUAUCAACGACGCUCUGUUUGCCGUAUGUUUGGACGACCACGCGGUAUCGAAGAACAUCGACGUGUCCCAUCAUCAAAUUUUCCACAACUUCAAUGCCCGCAACAGAUGGUUUGACAAAGCUAUGCAGUUGAUCGUCUCUUCGAAUGGACGGGCAGGUGUAAAUGGAGAGCAUACGCCAGCCGACGCAGUUAUUCCCGGAAAGAUCUUUGAUUUCAUUUUGUCCAAUGAACCGGCGGUAGAUCCUGCAAACGUCGAAUCGUCGGCUUUGCCCACCCCAAAGAAAUUGCAAUGGGUUGUAGAUGACGAGGUUACGAAGCUCAUGGAUGAUGCUCAGAAAACUGCCCAGGAGCUUAUCGAUGACACCGAGAGCUGUUUGCUACAAACUGACAUAUAUGGAUCUCGCUACAUCAAGGAAGUUGCCAAAGCCAGCCCUGAUGCGUACGUCCAACUGGCGUUGCAAUUGGCAUGGCGCCGUGUACCAGGCCCUGCUGGGCAGCCGAGUGGUCCCACGGCGGUGUAUGAGUCUGCUUCCACACGUCUAUUCCUCCACGGUAGAACAGAAACGGGCAGAAGCUUGACCAAGGAUACCUGGGCAUUUGCCCAGUCUUUCGAUAAUGAUAACAUCCUGUACGAUGAUAAGCGUGCUCUGUUCCGCCAAGCUAUCAAGUCUCAGUCGAAUUACAUGAAAGAUGCCACGUUUGGUAAAGGUAUUGACCGGCACAUGUUGGGUCUUCGAUGCAUGAUUCAAAACGAGGAAGAAGCCAAGAAAGCAACUCUUUUCACCGAUCCCGCUUACAUUAAAUCUAUGACGUUCCGCUUGUCGUCGAGCAACAUGUCACCUGGCAAGUGGUUUUACGGCGGGUUCGGUCCCGUUGUGUCAAACGGGUAUGGUGUCAACUACGCCAUCGACAAGGAUAACCUUAAGUUCUCCAUUUCGUCAAAGAAGAGCUGCAAGGAGACGAACAGUUUUGUGUUCAGGGAUGCCUUGGAGAGGAGUCUGAAAGAUAUGAUGAUCUUGUUCCCGAAGCGAAGCGAGGUGUGGGGCUUGGGAUGGGAGAAGAAACUAAAGCAGGAGAAGAAGGAGGAGGCGUACGUGAACAUUAUGAAAGGAUUGAGUGAUGACUAUGUUGCCAGAAAGCAGAAGAUAGAAGAAAAGUAUGGUGGAAAGAAAACUGAGCAGGGUGAGGGUGAGAAGAAUUAAAUAGCCAUUUUCUAGAUAGAGCGUCGCAGUUGUGUGCCCGUUAAUAUAAGUUUUUCUGUAAAUGAGGGCUCCUACCCUGGGCUGCAAACCUCGCUUAUUUCUUGAGCACAAAACUUAUCACCCGCCCCUUUCCGCUUUUACCUGCC